AGCGUAUUGGAUUGACUAGUAAUCAAGAAUGAGAGUUUAAUGGCCUCAAGGCCAGAAAAAUAAUUCCAAAAUAAAGAAUAAAAUAGAGCCCACCAAAAACUGGAACAACCGGACGCCAACUGCGACCUAGGUGGAGUUGGAUUCAUAUCCUUUGAGCUUAGAUCUUCUCUCUCUUUAUUGCUGCUAGAGAAAGAAAGCAAGGAGAGAAGGGAUGACUUCAUAUCUGCGGCAGAAGUGGCAGUCUUUCCAGAUUGGGACGUCAGAGUCUGAGGAUGUACAAGAAGAAGCCCUCAACUCGGAGAACACAGAAGAGAUUGAGCGUAGUAAAAUUGGGAUUAUGAGGGCUGUUGUCCAAGCACAAGAUCCCUCUGCUAAGGACAUUGAUGAUUUGAUGAUCCGCAGAUUUCUCCGAGCUCGUGAUUUAGAUGUUGAAAAGGCGUCGGCUAUGUUACUGAAGUAUCUGAAAUGGAGGAAAGAAUUUGUUCCAAAUGGUUUCAUAUCGCCAGCUGAAAUUCCAAAUGAUCUUGCCCAUAAUAAGUUAUUUAUGCAAGGAUACGAUAAGAGUGGGCGGCCUAUUGUAGUUGUCUUUGCUGCCAAGCAUAAGCCCACCAAUGUGGAAGAGUUUAAACGUUAUGUUACUUUCAGCCUUGACAAAAUUUGUGCAAGAAUGCCUAGCGGACAGGAGAAGUUCACUGCUAUUGCAGACCUACAAGGAUGGGGUUAUGCCAACAGCGACAUUCGAGGAUAUCUGGCAUCUCUAUCAAUACUGCAAGACUGCUACCCAGAGAGGCUGGGGAAGCUGUUCAUUAUCCACGUGCCUUACAUAUUCAUGACUGCAUGGAAGAUGGUUUACCCGUUUAUUGACAAAAACACAAAGAAAAAGAUUAUUUUCGUAGAGGACAAAAAGUUACAAUCAACCCUGCUGCAAGAUAUUGAUGAGAGCCAACUUCCAGAGACAUUUGGAGGAAAAACAAAGCUAGUUCCAAUUCAAGAGUGCUGAUAUGGAUGAGUAAACGAGGCUAAUUCCAAGGAUUCGUUUUAGUAACUCGAUAUGCAUCUGAUGAUGAUCGUAUCAAAAUAUAAUACAAUACCCAUUAGUCUACUAUCCAUCUUGUUUCCGGAUACGCAAGACGUCAACAGAGAUAUGUUGUAAUUUGUUUUUAUGUGCAUUUAUACGAAUACGUCCAAGUUUCACACCGUGACUGCUCCAGAGCUGCAAAAUGUUUUCAGCAACUCCAGAUAACUGCUUGUUA